UUAAAUAUGGCGGCUGCGUUUUAGACAUUUUGAUUCAUUUUUUUUGUGGCCGAAAUCCAUAAAGAAGAACAAUUUACUGAAACAUUUGAAACAGAAACAGUGUUUUGCAACUAAUACAGUAUGUCAAGGUUGUUUUUCUCUGGACUUGUUUUUCAACCAAUCUGGACUAGGAAAGCCAAAAGUGCUGUUUGUUGUUUCAAGAAAUGUGGGCAUGUGCCUCGAUUGAGCGAUCCUCGGUUUUGUUCUACAAAUGGGCAGAGUACAUCAAAGCCAUCAUCAAGAAUUAAAUGGUUCUGGAUGCCGGCUGGUGUCGGAUUUGCACUAAUUUCUUUCAUUCAGCUCCGACACAUUCAAGAGCGGGAAAGACGGAAAUACACCCCCCUGGAAAAAGAGCAUUCGGAGAAGGGCAUGCCCCCCUGGCAAGUAAAUUUGUUCAAAGUCGUCCCCACCAGAACAUUGUCGAGGUUAUGGGGAGCGGUUCAUGAAAUUGAAUUGCCAGCCUCGUUAAGAGGUCCUGUUGUUCGUUUGUGGACGUGGUCGUUUGGCUGUUGUUUGGACGAGGCAGAAGAAGACGACCCUUGCAAAUACCCAAAUCUCAGUGCAUUUUUUACAAGAAAAUUGAAGCAGGGUGUUCGUGAUAUUGAGAAAAUCUCUGACCUGGUAAAUCUGCAAUUUAUUUGUUAUGAUUUUUGUUGAUAUUAUUUAUGUUUUAACCGCUUCAAUUCAGACUAUCAAUAUGACUCAGGGUUCGUAUGCCCCCUGGAAAUCCUGGAAAACCCUGGAUUUUUAUUUAAUUAUUUUAGUCUUGAAAAACCCUUGAAAAUCCUGGAAUUUCAAAUUUAUCCCUGGAAAACCCUGGAAAACUGAGAAAUUGAGCUGGGUAUAGGAUAAAACUAAACUAUUUAAGACUAUCUUAAAAAGAAAGAUUGAACAAAAGGUUCUUGCAUUAUAUAUAGUCAAACUAUGAAUAUAUUUCGUUCAAACUGGUACAAACCCAAAAGUAUCUGUGCAAGAUGAAGUACUAGCCAUCGCGAACGUUUCUUAUCUGUUAAACACUUAUAGAUUUAUAUUUCAAAUGCCCCUGGAAAACCCCUGGAAAAAGGAUGAAAAAAGUCCUGGAAAACCCUGGAUUUUUUAAAUUAUGAAGGUGUACGAACUCUGAUGACUAGUUGUAUACAAUUUUUAUCCUGGCAUAUGUACUUGAACCUACUGGAAAGUUUGGAAGUUGCGAGGCCGAGAUUUCGAAAACUUGAUAGUAAAUAUAUACAGUAUAAGGCAUCAAAAUUGCAUUCCCAAUAUCCCAGUUGCACAAUGCAAACUUUCCACACUGCAUGGUGCUGAAUAAAUGUGUAUAAAAAUAGUGGUGUCAAGCAGUCGUUUUUAUAUGCCAGAAUGACAAUCGUAUAUGACUAGUCAUAUUGUGUAAAUGGGUUAGACAGUUUUACUCGUCAAGGGAACAUGUUGGGUUAAUCCACAAAUUUGCUUGUUAUAGACCACUUUCAUAAUAUUGAUGGGUUCAAAUGUUCUUUUACAUACAUUGUAGCUCAUUUUCAUGACCACAAUUUAAUAGCAUUUUUCAUUAGUCCCAUUGCGCCCUGAUAUGCCCUACUUUAUUAUUUUACGCUGUCUAACGCCAGACGAUUUUACUUGUCGAGGGGAGAGGGUUAAAUAUUGACAUAUCUGACAUAUUAUGAAAUGUGUCCUGGCCAGUACACCCUCUUUGCUAAUUAUAUAUUGUUGAGUUUUAAUGGUCAGCCAGAAUAUCUAUCAAAAUAUUUUGCUUAUGAUAACAUUGUGCCCUAUUGUACCCACAGUGUGUUAGCCAGAAGUAAAAAAAAUAUCCAUGUUUACCUGGAAUUGGUAGGGGUGCACCGGAUUUCAAAUCCGGCCGGAAUUCCGGCCGGAUUUAACGAAUUUUCCGGCAUCCGGUAUCCGGCCGGAUUUGGAGAAAAUCCGGCCGGAUUUAAAUUUCUGUUUUCACCUUAAAAAUUCACCAAGAAUGGGAUAAACCAUCAAUUUGGCAGCUUUAGAGUUUAAAAAACACUUAUAUUAUUAUAAAAUAUUAAGUUAUUGACAAAAAAAUAUUUAAAAAAGGUUUAAACACAAUCAAAAAUCUAAACUGACACCCUGACCCAGUGAAUAAGCAUGUUUUACUUGUCAAGGGAACAAUGUUGAGUAUUAAUGGGUUAAUUUUUCCAUAUAUUUCAAUGUCAGGUUUGUCCAGUUGAUGGCCGAGUGCUACAUUUUGGACGUCUUAUAGAUGGAAAGCUCGAACAGGUUAAAGGUAUCCCAUACUCCCUUGAGAGCUUCCUUGGACCUCAGUCAACAUUCUCACACCUGGACGAAACCAAAAACCUCUAUCAUUGUGUGUUGUACUUGGGUCCUGGAGAUUGCCAUCAUUUUCACUCCCCAACAGAAUGGCAUGUCGAAUCCCGUAGGCAUUUCUCUGGAGAAUUGUACUCCGUCUCCCCUUGGGUUUUAAAAGGCUUUAGAGAUGUACUUUGCACUAACGAGCGUGUGUCGUUAUGUGGUAAUUGGAAGCAUGGCGCAUUUACAAUGACUGCUGUCGGUGCAUACAAUGUUGGCUCGAUAAAAAUUCACUUUGAUAGUGAACUGAAGACUAACCAAAGGAAAGCUAAAAAGGAACAUUUUGAAGAAAGGAAGUUUAGUGAAAGCAUGGCGCUUGACCGGGGCGACCAUGUCGGAUGGUUUGCGAUGGGUUCGGCGGUAGUCUUAAUAUUCGAAGGACCAAAAGAUUUUGAGUUUACAGUUGAACAUGGACAGAAAGUUAAGUUAGGUCAAGCACUGGGUGUUGUACGGACAAAACAAAGUUAAAAUAGAAAGAAUGUAACCAAAGUGCCGUGAGUAGAUACUUCUACAGUGAAUAAGUUUAAAGUUUGAAAUAUUUGAACAUGGGCAAACCAGAAAUGAUCCGAAAAGAUUCUUUGCUCUAUCUUUUUGUUCAUAUUUUGUAUGUGUACAGAAUGACAAAGACAACCUAGCUACGUUAUUUUGCCACGUUAUUUAUCCAAAUUUAACCAAAAUUUAAUCAACUUACGCGAUGUCCAUUAGUCCAGGGGCGGAUCUAGGCCCAUCUGCAAGGAGAGGUGCAGGUUUUCCUGUAGCCUGCGAACAGGCUCUCAAGCUGAAUUGAGAGCCUGCAUCGAUGACUAAUGAAUUUGAAUAUCUGCGUCUCAAAUCGUGACGCGAAAUUCUCAUUGGUCAGAUGCUAUAAUUUAUAUGUUUCCGCUGAGCUCUAUAUAUGUCAACUGCUGAAGCACUAUGCAUAAAAAACACAUUAACUGAUCAAAUUGGUCUUGGCCAUCUUUCUCAAAGCACGAAAUGUUCUGUUUUGAGAAAACAGUAUUUAAAACAUUUGAACUUUUG